GUAGCCUUGUAGACUCAUCGGGUCAUAUUCUGAUCCCUGGAAUCUAUGACCACGUGGCUCCUCUUACUGAAGAGGAAAAAAAAAAAAUGUACGAAGCCAUUGACCUGGACCUAGAAGAAUACCGGAAUAGCAGCCAGGUUAAGAAAUUUCUGUUUGACACCAAGGAGGAAAUUCUAAUGCACCUAUGGAGGUACCCAUCUCUUUCUAUUCACGGGAUUGAGGGCGCCUUUGAGGAGCCUGGAGCUAAAACAGUCAUACCUGGCCGAGUUGUAGGAAAAUUUUCAAUCCGUCUAGUCCCUCACAUGAAUAUGUCCGUGGUGGAAACACAGUGUUUGGAACAGAACCAGAUAUGAUCCGGGAUGGAUCAACCAUACCAAUUGCCAAUAUAUUCCAGGAUGUCAUCCAAAAGAGUGUGAUGAUGCUCCCGCUGGGCACUGUGGACGAUGGAGAGCACGCGCAGAAGGAGAAAAUCAACAGUGAGCAGGUUCUUGAGGGGGCUGAUCUCUCAGUGUGCAAACCACAGGGUGUCCACAUCAGUAACCUUCCGACAUGCUGCGUAUUUUAGAUUGAAUUUAUGUCAUCAAAUCUUCCUGUUUAAAUUGUAGACUACUUUUCCUCCAUUAUUUGAAUGGAAAUAACAGUUUCUCUUUAUUUCUUCUUUUGUUAGGUGGAACUACAUAGAGGGAUCCCAAUUAUUUGCUGCCUUUUUCCUAGAGAUGGCUAAGCUGCAUUAACAAUGACGGGCACCUUCCAGCUUACAUCUGAGCUGCUGACAUAUCCCCUCUCUCACAUCCCUGGACAGCAAUAGAAUCUAAAUAUCCAGAGAAUUUCUGUCCAGUAAAUAAUAUUUUCCCUCUUUAAUACGUCUUUGGACAUUUGGACCAGUAAUAAACUAUUUUAAAGGUAGA